AUGGCUUCGUCGGACACAUCAUUUUCCUCGACGGCAGAUUCGACUCGGAGAAGAUCGACAUUUUAUGUGCCAUUGACAACCGCAGACCAGUCAUCUGGUGGAGGAACUGCCGAAUGCAAAGAUGGUAACACAGAGAAAACGCUUGCUGCAGAGAAGCGAGGAAAUCGCACAGGAACAGCAAAUACUUCCACAGCAGAUGACAUCAAACAUGCUUCCAUGGAGAGCAUUUACCAUCCAGACCUCAGCGGGUGCAGCUUCGGUUGGAGUUUGGAUGAGUCGGGUCAGGACAAUUUGGAACCAGUGGUUGGGCAUAGUGAUCACGAGAACAAACUGAAACGAUACGGUGUGGUUUUAAACGCUAGUGUAAAUAUCGACGACGAUGAAACAAAGUGCCAUCAACAACAGACGCCGCGUCAUCACCAAUCCAACACGUCCACACCGAUUCGAUUGGGACAAUCGCGAAGCCGCAGUAAUAUCUUAUCCACCAACCUGACGAAUGAAAGUGGAGUUACAACAGAACCCGUACCACUAAGCCGUGGCGGUGGUGUCAUCUACGGUUUAAUGAAAAGAGACCCACCGCUAAAAAAUGUAGUACUGGCAGCGAAAGAUAAAUCAAAAACAUUGCCACAAAACAUGUCCCUUGCUAGUGCUAUGCCAGUGAAGAGUUCAUUUCUACUCCAUUCCACACCACGCAUUUCGUCGGAAUGCUCGUCAUCGCUAGAUGUUAAAAACUGUGGCAGCAUAGUUGGACAGUCACCCGAAUCAACUGUACCGGCGAUAGCAUCUAUGUUUAGCCCCAAAAAAUCACUUAGCUUCAUUCGGAGAACCCAUUCCACCAAACUUUCAAGGAGCAAUUCGCUGCUGAAAAGUCUUACGUCCAAGUGUGUCGAUCAAAGUGCGAUUAAUGCUAGUCUGCUGCAAGUGCCAGUGAAAGAAUUGGACUACGAUCGUUUGUGUCGGAUAUUGGACCAUCCGGCAAAAAUAGAUCAAAAGAUUAGAGACAUGUUUAUCCUGUGCAAGGAUGAAAAAGAGGAAGAAAAUGCUGUACAUUCGGAUACUUCGUACGAAAAGGCGUGUCGCCGGGGAUCAGCUCCGAACACGCCUGUAAUGGGCCAAAAGGUGGAAUCGUCGUCAAGAUUUACGAAUUUCUUUUCCAAAAGGUCCUUUCGAUCAAUACCAUUAAAACGGACUAAAUCGGUUAUCAAGCUGGACCGUUCCAAGCGUGGCCAGGGAGGUAUAAGAGGGUCUAGAUCGCACGAAAGUCUGCUGUCGAAUCAUACAGUGAUGUCCACCAUUGAUUUGUCCGGUAUCGGCAUGAUCGAGGUAGUACCGGUCCAUGCAUCGGUACUUGGCAGACGCCAUUGCUUUCAGGUGCGUGGAAUCGCACGCGGGGAACGCUAUUACAGUUGUGGUACACGUCAAGAACGAGACCUAUGGAUAUACAGCUUGCGAAAAUCCAUCGCUCCGAACAAACACAUCGUACGGCGUCUGGAUAACUCGUUGAAAAUGUGGAUUUACGAGGCAAAAUCGCUGCCACCGAAGAAGCGCUACUUCUGUGAAAUUUACCUCGACAACACGUUGUACGGCCGAACGUCAGUAAAACUGCGAGCGGAUCUUCUGUUUUGGGGUGAAUUUUUUGAUUUCCCCGAUGUUCCGGGAGCGAGCACUAUAACCGUGAAUGUAUACCGAGAGGCGGAUAAGAAGAAAAAACGCGAUAAGCAUGUGCUGGUUGGGUCUGUCGCAAUCCCCAUUGAAAAAGUAACUGCCCGUACGUUUACCGAAGAUUGGUACCAAAUUGUAAUGGAGAAGCAUGACAACAGCAUUAUCAAAAGCACAUCCAAAGAUCCGACACCAACGCUUAGAAUCAAAUAUCGAUACCAAUCGAUUGACAUCCUACCUUUGGAUGCGUAUAAGGACUUUCAAGGCUUCAUGAAGGAAAACUAUAAAAAGGUAUGCGAAGCAAUUGAACCAAUUAUUGGCGUUAAAGCUAAGGAAGACAUAGGGCAAGCGUUGGUACUGCUAAUGCAUUCCCAAGGAAUGGCUGCCGCAUUUUUGUCCGAUGUAGUUGCGCUAGAUCUGUUGCGUGUUGACGACCAACGAUUGACGUUUCGCGGUAAUUCGCUAGCCACGAAAAGCAUGGAAGCAUUCCUGAAGCUCAUCGGAGAACAGUAUCUGCAGGACACAUUGUCCAUACCGAUAGCGGAAAUAAUUGCGUCUGAUCGAGAUUGUGAAGUGGAUCCUACGAAGGUGAACGGAUCAUUAUCACGUCAACAGCAGGCUCUUCGCCGAGCAGUCAAAUCAGUAUGGACAGCAAUAGCAGAAAGUAGCCGCAUUUUUCCGGUUCAAUUGCGAGACUGUUUCGCUACAUUUCGUGAACGGUUGCAAGAUCUAAACCGUGAAGAUAUGGCCGACAAUUUGAUAAGUGCUUCUAUUUUUCUGCGUUUUUUGUGUCCGGCCAUACUGUCACCGAGUUUGUUUAACAUUACGAACGAGCUACCAUCUGCGCGAGCUACACGAAAUUUGACCCUGGUGGCCAAGACACUGCAAACGUUGGCAAAUUUUACACGCUUUCAGGGAAAGGAGAACUUUAUGGAAUUUUUGAACGAUUUUCUUGAACAAGAAGCUCCCCGGAUGACGCAGUUUCUUUACGACAUAUCUUGUACCGAUUGUAGCAGCGAGGACAAUUUUCUAGACUGGUCGGGUUGCAUUGAUCAAGGCAAGCAACUGUCAAUUUUACAUAGCUUACUGUCCGAAAUAGUGCUUAAGCUGUCGGCGGAAAAGCAGCACGAAAUUCACCCACUGCCAGCUAUACUUGAAUCGAUUACGAAAGCCAAGGAAAAUAACGCACAAACGGAAGACGAUCAAGAUUGUGAUGGAAAAUUGCAGCACACUUAUAAGCAAGAAAACUAUGCAGGCAAAAAUAUCGGAACUGGAACCAAUAAGCUAGGUCUCAUGUCGGCUACAUUUUCUGGCAGAGAUUUGAGCAUUUACAACACUGCCGAAGCACAAAACGUGCUAACGCCGAAAAAACAUCAUUCAUCGAAUGGUUCAUUGCAUCGCUCAAUCGGAGCUUCUAACAGUGAACUAGUUACCAGCUUGAAGCUAUUGAACGGUGUGCCAGACAAAGGCAUCAAUCCACUUACUACACCGGUACAACACAUUCACGGUACGACGAACGAAUAUAGCUUCAAUCACCACCAACACAGUAACAGCAGAAUGAACAUCAUCGGAUGCGCUAGUCUUCGAUCGUAUUCAACUACUGCUGGGGCUGCAUCGUACAGCAUUGGAAACAAUAUGGCCACAAAUAGUCUACGAAGCGAAAAGGACAAAAUUAACAACAUGCACGGUGAUGUACGGGCAAGUACAUUGCCACGAUAUAACAACUAUACGACAAGUGUAUCCGUCGGUGAGAAUAAUUGUUCCGUUGGUAAACCAAUAGGACUGGAUCGCGAAAUGAGCGAAAAUACAACGCCCAAUACGACCAGCAACAACCUUAUUCAAAUCGAUAUAGAUCCGAGCAAUCCUUUCCAUAGAAAAAGUCCCACACCUUUGUUGAAGAAUCUUUCCUACAGUCACUAUAUCGCUAGCAACUGGAAUCAGAAAGGGUCUCAGCAAAAUCUUCUAAGUCCUGCCUCCGAUCAUAGCGAUUUGGAAAAAAAUGCCCUUAACUUAGGUAUUCCGCAUAGUGAGACAGGUCGGGAACAACAGUACGGUCAGUGUAACUACACGGCAACUACUGUUACCCAGAAAACCUCAAGUGUUGCAACCUUAUCGUCAUAUGCGCCCCGUCGUACCACGGUAACAACCAAUCCUUCAAAAAUGCCAAUGAGUCUAGAAGAUUUGGAAGAUCUGCUCAACUAUGCCGAUGAACAAAAACAAACUUCCACGGGCGAAUCAGGUCUUAGCGCCAGCAUCGAUGGCAGUGGUGGUGCGUGCGAACCUACCAACACAAAUGUCAAAGGUCUGCUUGGCUGCAACGGCAGCAGCGUAUCAAUUAGCCAAAUUUCAAACAUUUGCAGUUCGGGUUAUCAAAGCAUCCCAAACCAAUCCGCUUGUUCGAGCCCGGGUGAAUUGGCUGGCCAGCAGCGAAUAGAAUACAUUAGCAACAAAGCGCCACCGCCACGCAAAUUAACGACCACCCUUAUUGGGUACAACACAGAAAAUGGAAUUGAUUUAUGCUUGAAUGACCGCACAACUACCAAAGCAGACCUGCCGGCGUCCAGUAUUAACUUGCAGCUAUUUAAUGAUCGUGACCAAGGAACCACAUCACAUAUUACCGAUCGUCGUCGUGAUACAGAGCACGAAACACCAUACAAACAGAGUAAUUCUAAUAGAAUUUUAAACAACAAUUACGUUGAUAGUGCAUAUGAUGUCAUACCAUCGUUAAAAAAUCCCCUGUCUGGUGGAAGUGCAAUAGUUAGUACCGGCCAUAUUCCAGCGAAGGUACAUUCGCGCAAUGUCCAACCAGAUACUGUCGAAUAUUUUGGGUCCAGCCGCAUUAAUGAACAUUCGCGAGCGAAAAGAAUCAUUGUGCAAGGUGUUCGCAGUUGCGGCGAUAGUAUACACAGUGAGUCGAGCAGUGAUGAACGAUUCAGCAAUACCACAUCAGAAAACUACACCGAACACGACUCUCUAACGACGGCCAACGUGUCGUCAAUAGAACGAAAUCCCGUCUCAAUCAACAACGGGAACGAUUAUAAACCUAUUGCCACUGGUCUGUACGGACGCCGACUAGGAAGCAACCGUGUGCCACGGACAAAUCCUUUGAUGCAGUACAAAAAGGAUGACAAUACAGCGGAGGUCCUUGGUCAAGCAAUAGGUGACAGUGCCGGUGGCGGCAGCGGCUUUCAACAAAAUGGACAUCGGGAUCAUAGUUUCCCAAACCGCCACCAUCGACGGCUUUCAUUAGAGUGCGCACGGACACUAUCCGACAGCUCUACUGACGAAACCGAAAGUGGUAAUGCAAGAACGUUCAAUGCGAAUCACCACAUUCAGCAGCAUCACCUAGUUAGCACUACGGCACAUCACAACAGCUUAAGGGAAACUGAAAACAAACGACGCAGAAAUGGCAAUAAAUCGGUCGAACAAUGCGAGCGAGAAAUUCAACGACUGCAAGCAUCGUUAGACUCCAUGCGCCAAAAGCUGGAAAUGUCCGAACCAACGGAAGGGAGUGCCGACAAACUGGAGGCCGUAGCACAACACAGCGACAGUAAGAUUCGCAGCAUAAUUGGAAGACUGCUUACCAUGGAAGAGGAAUUACGACAAGAACAGUACAAAAUGUCCCUGGUAUUGUCUCACAAGCAGCGGGUAAUCGAAGCGCAAGGACAGCAAAUUGCGGCCUUGGAUGCGGCCAACAAUCGACUACUGUCGGCAUUAUCUACACUGCAAAACCGAUAUGAAAGUCAAUCUAAUCAAAGUGAUGAUACCUCUUCGUCGCACCCCAACGCGGGCGCUUCUUCUUGCUAG